AUGCGCCGCGGAGCAACCUCACAGGUGCAACGGUGCGCUUCGAUACCUUGGCAUGGUAUAGUCAGAUGCAUCCAAUCAAUUUGGGGGCGAUGCAAAUCAAAAUCUGUCAAUGCCGAUUCGCCAGCUGCAAUAGCUCCCUUCCUUUACCCAAUAACGUGUCUUGUCAAGAAAUGCGGCUUUGUGUAUCGACAGUGGAGUAGCAGUGUCAAUGGUGUUGUAGUGACGUUUAAGUGA